ACGCUAGAACAGAGUUCAGUCCUAUGCGGGUAGCUCUCGAUUGAUUUAUUUAUCAUUUUUUAUUUUAUGAUCCAGUAGUAUUUAAAUUAUUUUUUCCCUUAUUUCUAAUCAUGUGAAAUUUAUUCACUUGCAAAAAGGAAUUAAACAAAUCGAAAGAUUAGAAAAAAAAGAGUUUUUGAAAAAAAAAAAAUGGCUCGAAUGAUUCUUUUUAUUCUUCCUCUUGUAUUUAAUUACGCGACAGGAGCAUGUUUUCAUGUGGAUACAAGAGAUUUGAUGGAAUACUCAUGUAAUGGUGGUUACGUCACCGAUUUGAAUGGUAUUCCAGAAGGAGUUGAACGACUCAAAAUAUCAAGAAUGCGAAUUCCCAUCAUCACUCCUCAUACAUUUUCUCGAUUCAGCGAAUCUUUAUUGGUUCUCAAGUGUUCGGAAUGCGAGAUAUCGGAAAUUGAACCAAAUGCUUUUGGUAGUAUGACAUAUCUUCAGCAAUUGAGUUUAGACAAUAAUCGACUAUCUUCGGUGAAAGCUUCUUGGAUAGAGGGUCUACGAGAUCUCAACUACUUGGAUCUGACUUACAAUCAAAUUGAAGAAAUUGAAGACGACGCUUUUCAAUAUCUUGGCGAAGUUACUGACCUACGACUUUCUGGUAAUCGACUCAAGUGUCUUAAUUUAGACGCAAUGUCUCAAAUGGGAAAUCUAAAGAGAAUAUUUUUAAACGACAAUCCAAAUUUCCAGUGUCCAAAUGCUGUGACAAAAUUCCUCGAGGAUCGUAAUGUCACUUUUCAGGAAGACGAAUCUUGGAAGGAAAUAAUUCACGAUCUAAUUCCAGCUAGUCGAAACGAUCAACAAGAUUGGAGAUCAACGAGACCCUAUCCAAUCACCACGACACCUGUUUAUCGUGAAAGAAUAACAGACACCAGAAGACCUGAUAUUGAAACUCAAUGGACCACUUAUACAUCAACUCAUCGACCCAUAAUCACUUGGACUCAAUCGCGACCUACCACCACCACCACUGAAUCUGAUAUUGCUCGCGAGGAUAUGUUUCUUUCUCGAAGUGGCGAUCAUCAUUUUCAUGAAACUCACACACCUUCCAUGGAUCGAAAUUGGAUGACAACACAAACACCAAGAUACUGGCCCACUGAACAUUAUCCAAGAACACGUCCCGAAGAAAUAACAUCACCGCCAUUUGUUCCAACUGAAACAAUUCAUUCGACAAAUUCCAAAGGUGUUUAUCAACAACCAGAAUAUGUUCCUCGUGUUACAAUAUCCCAGGAAGUCGAUAACUAUCGUCAAACUGAUGAGACAUCAACAGUUUCUAAUUUAGAGCGUUUGGAAACCGAGAAACCAUUACCAGAUUGUGAAAAUUCAUCAUCAAUUAUCUAUUUCAAGAGAGAAAUUAUUUUUCUCGCGAUUCUUCUAUUUGUUUCUAAAACUUUCUUCAUUGAUCGUUUAUAGAGAAACAGACAAAUUCGACAAUUUUUUAACAAUUUAAAAAAAAGAAGAUUAGCAAAAGAAAAAAAAACAAAAUUUCAACAUCGUGAGUGAUUUAGCAUAAUUUUCUGAUGUGAUUUGAAGAAUCGAUUGACCAUAGGAUGACAUUGUCAUAAUAAACCUGUGCGGGCAUUUAUAGUGAAACUUUUUAUGAUUCUUUGUGACUAUUAACUAUAACAAUAACACACGUUAAUUUUAACGACACAUCUAAUGAAAGCAAUUAACCAUUUAGAGGGCAUAAAUUUGUGAGAGAAAAAAAAAUUAUGCAUGCAUUUCGUGACCUUCUAAAAAUUGAAGAAUUGUUAGAAUUUUUUUAUCCUCGGACGAGAAUAUUUCAAAUAGCUGAGGGACCCAUGCAUUUUAAUUUGUAGUGGGCCAAGGAAGCAAAAGAAUCGGAAAGAUUGGAUAAAAUGUUACAAUUGGAAAAGGAUGAUGAAAAAAAUAA